AUGUGUCUAGAACCUCUGUUAAAUUUAAUUAGAAAAAAUCCCAGGAUACCCGGUGUCUUAGUUCCAGGUAGUCAAUAUAGAUCUAUUGUUAAUACAAUUCUUCAAAAUGAUGAUACAAACAUUAAAAUUAAAACAUUAGCAUAUGCUGAUGAUGUAAUCACAUUUGUAUUUAACACCAAUGAUGAAUUUGAAACCUAUGAACUGUUUAAAAAAUAUAGUUAUGCAUCAGGUGGUAAAACAAAUGAUACAAAAACAGUUAUUUUUUGGAUAAGUGACUUGUCUGAUCCUCCUUCUUUCAAUGCAAAAAUUGAAAGAGAGAAAUGUACCUUCCUGGGAAUACCAAUGAAUGCUCAAGGGCAGUUACCACAAGAAGAAAUUGAUAAAAUGGUAAACAACAUCAAGAAAGAAAUAGGACUAUGGUCCUCAAUAAGACUGUCCUUAUGUGAAAGAGCAAGUAUUCUAAAAUGUUUUAUAAUUAGUAGAUUAGUAUAUUGGUUUUCAUCAAUGUUAAUUAAUAAAAAUGUAAUUGAAUCCAUCCAAAAAAUUUGUAGCUCUUUUUUUUGGGGAAGAAUACAUCCUUUUAUAAAAUUCCAAACUUGUGUUGGAAGAAAAGAGGAUGGUGGUUUUGGUCUUAUACAUCUAGAAUCGAUGAUCAUUUCUUAUCGUAUUAAAUGUGGUUUAACAAUUAUAAGUACAACACCGAAAAUAUGGAAAUUGUUUGCAUUACCAUAUGUAGGCUUACAUUUAUACAAAUAUUCACCUUGGUUAUGGACAAAUCUAAUCCCACAUUUACACGAUGAGAAACACUUUUUUAAUGAUGUAGCAAUACAUACUGCUAAAUGGUUAAAACGUGGUGGUGAUGUAAUAAAUAAUGGAAAUGAUAAAUCUAUCUAUUGGAAGUUUAUCAAUUUAAAUAUUUAUCAACCUCCCGUAUGUUAUGAAAGGAUCAAUCACUUGAAAAAUAUACAAUUUUACAAACUGAUACAUCAUAGUAAAUUACCAUCCAACAUCGUAGAAUUUUGGACAUCAUUGGCUAAUUAUGGAAUAAAUACACAUGACAGACUUGGUAAAACAUCAGAAGAGAAGAAAUGUCUUUUCUGCUCAUUACCAGAAACAUUAUCACAUCUUUUCAUUACUUGCUCCUUUUUUAACAAGAUUUACAUAUUGUUAUUUGAAUACAUUAACAAGUUUAAUGUAUCAAUCACAAGAAGUGAAUAUGAUAUCAUUUAUCUAAAAAUUGUCUCAUCGACAACAUCGAGGAUAGCUCAAAAACAAAUUACAUAUUCUAUUGGUAAUUACCUUUAUGCAAUUUGGUCAUAUAGAUGUAUUAUUAAUAAUAGUAACAAUCGAAAUCAAAAAGAUCAUCCUGGUAAAUGCCAAGAUAGGUUUAUGAUAUAUAUGAAAAAGUUUCCAUUUGACAAUGGUUAA